AGCUGAAGGAACAGAGUCGGGCCACUGGCACACAGAACGGUCAGAGCGGAGAGAUGGGGGCGUCGAGGGCCGCAACACGGAGUUCUCCUCGGCCGCAGCCCGAGUCCACGGCGCGGCCGCGGCGCACCUUCCACAACACUCUGCUCUUCUACUGGAGGAAGCGGGAGCCUCGCCAUGAAGGACAAAAGCCACGCUCCGGCAGCAGUACUAGGCCCAGGGGCGUGGCCAGGACCCGGGCUCCCCGCGCGUCCACGGCCAGAACCCGUACUUCGGGCUCUGCCUCCUCCCGGGUACGGACCCCAGCUCCCAGCUCCGUCUCCACGCCAGACCCUGCCUCCACGCGGGACUCCGACCCCAGUCCUAACCCCAGCUCGGCCUCCACCCCCGAGUCUGCAGCGUGCGCACCGGGCUCCUGUGGCCGAGUUCUGGCAGCCGCGCGCGCACUGGCCUGGAGGUCGACUUGGAGGCCCUUCUGGAGACCGAGCUGGCCCGUCAGGCACUGCGCGGGCAACAUGGCGGCACCCAGCGAACGGUGGCGCUUCGGCGGCGGGAGCCUCUUCUCGUUUCUGCCCGGCGGCGCUCGCUCCGAAGCAAUGGAGGACCUGGUGACCGACGCGCGUGGCCGCGGCGCAGGACGAAAAGAUGCCGCCGCCGCCUCGGCCCCGACUCCAACCCUGGUGCCGACCCCCGACUCUCAGGUCUCCGAGGACACCACCCGGAGACGGCCCUGCCGUGCCUGCGUGGACUUCAAGUCGUGGAUGCGGACGCAGCAGAAGCGGGACAGCAAGUUUAGGGAAGAUUGUCCUCAGGAUCGUGAGGAACUGGGCCGACAGAGCUGGUCUGUUCUCCACACCCUGGCUGCCUACUACCCCGACCUGCCCACCCCAGAACAGCAGCAAGAUAUGACCCAGUUCAUACAUUUAUUUUCCAAGUUUUACCCCUGUGAGGAGUGUGCAGAAGACAUAAGGAAGAGGAUACAGAGGAACCAGCCAGACACGCGCACACGGGCAUGUUUAACCCAGUGGCUGUGCCGCCUGCACAACGAGGUGAACCACAAGCUAGGCAAACCAGACUUCGACUGUUCUAAAGUGGAUGAGCGCUGGCGUGAUGGCUGGAAGGACGGCUCCUGCGACUAGAGGGCGGCCAGCUGGAGCCCAUGGGGCUACCUGGCUAGAGAGGGGCAGGGCACUUAUUAAAGUGCAGCAGAGCCAGAAGCUGUUGUGUUUUUGUUGGUUGGUCCACAGGCAGUGUCUGGGGGACACUUUCCUUCUUAGGUUUCAAAGGUUCCUUCUGCAGGCACCCCUAUGGCCUCCUCAGCCGAGGCCCUGUGGGGGCCACAGGUCAAGGAGUAGGAACAGCCUAGUCUGUCCCUUUUGUCCUGGAUGCAGCCUCCUGCCUACCUCAUACCCUGAUGCCCACUUCCCCACACAGGAAGGAGAUAGGGUUUGCUGGGCUCCCCUGUCCCACAAAACACUCAAGACCAGGUCAUUGUUUCCCCAGUGAGUAGCUAGGGACAACCACAGUGACUGUAGCCCCAGAGGCUGUGUGCACUUCAGGAAAGAGGCCUGGGGUCUAAGCUUUCUACCUUGCUUGGUCUUUACAGGCAGGGAAAGUGCAGGCAGGGUUCUUUUCUGAGGGUCCACUGACCCUGCAGCCCAUUUUCUGUCCAGUACAUGGCCUUCCAGUCUUGUCAGAGGCGUCCUAGGGCCAGCUUCCUUGGAGCGUGAGACCAAAAUAAAAUGCUGAAGAAGUGACUGAGAA